AUGAAGAUACGAGUCGGGCUGCUUCUCGGAUACAACGGCAGUGCAUACCAUGGCUUGCAGCUCAACAACGACCUGCACACAAUAGAGAAAACAAUUGCACAAUGCUUGCUAAGCACUGGCGCCAUCACGCAGCAGAACGCAGAAGAUCCAAGAAAAAUCCACAUAAAGUCGUCUUCGAGAACAGACAAGGGCGUUCAUGCAGCAUUCAACCUUGUUUCUGUCAAAAUAUCAGUCCCAAUAACACCAGAGUUUGUGAGCUGUCUCAGAAACACACUUUCACAGGAAUGCAUUCAUCUAUAUGAUGUGGUGCGCCUUCCAAAGAGUAUCAUACCAUCCAAGCAAGCAGACGCCAGGAUAUAUGAGUAUGUCGUGCCCACGUUCUUUCUUAUGCAAAGCAACUUUUCUCAAGAGGUUGAUGAGAUGCAAAGAUCAGACAUGUCAAAGGAAAAGUUUGGAUUGUGGAGAGAGUAUCCAGAAAGCUUGAUAGAUCAAGUCGUUGGAUACACUUCACCCAAGGAAGACAUCCAGACGUUCAACGAGAUUCUCCAGAAAUACCUGGGCACACAGGACUUCCACAACUUCACAAAGCAGAACACAGACAAGGGAACAAAAAGAUAUAUCCGAUCAAUCACGGUUUCCGACACAUACACAUCUGACGGAAUAGAGUAUAUCAAGCUGGAGAUCACUGGACAGAGCUUUCUGCUGCACCAAAUCAGAAAAAUGGUGUUCUUUGCAAUGCUGCUGUGCAGGUAUCAGCGAAGCAGCAUAGACAUCAAAUUCGGUAUGGCUUUUGGCAAGCAAACCAUUCAUGUUCCAAAAAGCCCAUCUCAGUAUCUCUUACUUGAUAAGCCAAUCUUCCACAGGCUAAGGAAAGGCUCAUCAAUAGAAUGCAUUGAAGUGGAUGAGAUACAGCGAGAAGAAUAUAAGAAGGCAGUAAUCUAUCCAGAAAUCCACCAGAGGAAAAACCUGAUUGGGUUCUUUGCUUCGUUUGACUCAGUUAGGUUCCAUCGCGAAAACAUGAUCUUUUUGGAUUGA